AUGGCGCCCCCAGUUCGGUCUCGGUAUAGCCGAAUUCCGAAGGAGAAGUUUUCAGCCUAUUUUGGUCCGCUCAAGAGCCAACCAUACAAUGACUCUACCUCGAGGGGAGGAUCACAUCACAGCCUACGCACCCUUGCCUGGAAUCCUUUAGGAACCCUUAUCGCAACAGGGGCUUCUGACAAGACUCUUCGUGUUUGGAAUCCCGAGAAGCCAAAUGUUCGCUUCUCAACGGAGCUCAAAGGACACACAUCAGGCAUCGAGAAAAUUGCUUUCAACCCAGUCAAGGAUGCAGAGCUCUGUAGCGUCAGUAAUGAUGGCGUUGUCAAGUUCUGGGAUGUCCGAACGAAAGCAUGUGUGAAUGAGGUAAAGGGACUAGGCAAUACCCACGCGCUUGCUUGGGCCCCUGACGGCUCAUCAUUGCUCGUAGGCAACAGGGCUGGCGAACUUUUCCAGCUCUUACCAACCAAGUCUUCCGUAGUCUCCUCUCACCAGCAGCCCGUUGAAACAAACCAAAUGGCUUUCGCUUGGACUGGAGACAAAGUCUUUCUGCCGACAAAUGAGGGCAGGGUUCGCAUACUAUCCUAUCCUGGGCUGGAGCCCGUCCUCCAUGUCAACCAUGCCGUCAAGCCAGACGAGUCCACAGAGUUCACAUUAAAGGGGCAUACCGCCCCUUGUCUGACAGUUGAACUCUCGCCUACCGGGCGGUACCUCGCGACAGGAGGAGCCGAUUCUAUUAUUGCCCUGUUUGAUACCAAAGAUUGGAUCUGCCAGCGAACCGUCUCGUGCCUAGUAGGCCCCGUCAAGAGCAUAAGUUUCACCUUUGAUGGCAGCUACGUCGUUGGUGGCUGCGAGGAAGGUUCUGGCUUGGAGGUAACCCAUACAGAGACAGGUGAACACGUCCAUACAUUCAAAACCGCUGGCCCGUGUGAAGCAGUUGCCUGGGCGCCUACCAGAUACUGCCUUGCCUACAGCGAUCUAGGCGUUCUUCGCAUCAUUGGCCUCGACGCCGAUCGCAAAUGA